AUGUCCCGCCAUCACCCCGAUCUCGUCAUGUGCCGCAAACAAUCAGGCAUCGCCAUCGGCCGCCUCUGCGAUAAAUGCGACGGAAAGUGCCCCGUCUGCGACUCCUACGUGCGCCCUACCACUCUCGUGCGCAUCUGCGACGAAUGCAGCUUCGGCAACUACCAGAACAAAUGCGUCGUGUGCGGCGGGGAGGGCAUCUCGGAUGCGUUUUACUGCUUCGAGUGCACGCGGCUGGAGAAGGACCGUGACGGCUGUCCGAAGAUUAUAAACCUAGGUAGUUCGAGGACAGAUCUCUUCUAUCAAAAGAAAACGAAUCGGUCGGCGAAUUACUAG